UCUCCGCCUUCCCUCAGGUACCGAUGGCGGCGAGUGACCCGGAAACGGCCCAGCAACAACUUGAUGAAAUUGAAGCCCUAUCAUCCAUAUAUGGUGAAGAUUGGUGUGUUGUUGAUGAAGAUGAAAAAAUCUAUUGCAUUAAGAUCAGCAAUUGUCUGGAGCAACCUAAAUGGACCCUCUGUUUACAGGUAGUUUUGCCUCCAGGAUAUCCAGCUGCCGAGCCACCUAUUUAUCAACUGAAUGCCUCUUGGCUUCGAGGACAGGAUUAUAUGGAACUAGCAAAUAGCUUGGAAGAAAUAUACAUACAGAACCUUGGUGAAAGUAUUCUUUAUUUAUGGGUGGAGAAGAUACGAGAAGUUCUGAUAGAAAAGGCACAGUCAUCAGGCUCAGCAGAACCAGAUAAUAAGAAAAUCAGUGAAGAAGUCGAUGAAGAUAAUGAAGAUGAUUUUCUCUUGGACCAUCAGCCAGUUCAGGAAGAUUCAGUUAAAAUGCUGAAUUUUAUUACAUCUGAAAGCCAAGAAGAUGAAGAACUGCCGUUGAUACAUCAUGGAAACCCAAUCACAGACCGAAGGAGUACCUUCCAGGCACAUCUGGCUCCUGUGGUGACACCUCGACAAGUAAAGAGAAUUCUUGAAAAAUUGUAUGAGAAUAAGAAAAUUGCUAGUGCUACCCACAACAUAUAUGCAUACAGAAUAUACUGUGAAGAUAAGCAGACCUUCUUACAGGAUUGUGAAGAUGAUGGGGAGACAGCAGCAGGAGGACGUCUUCUUCAUCUUAUGCAGAUUUUGAAUGUCCGCAACGUGUUAGUGGUGGUAUCCCGCUGGUAUGGAGGUAUUCUAUUAGGACCAGAUCGUUUUAAACACAUCAAUAAUUGUGCAAGAACUAUCCUUGUGGAAUACAACUACGUACAUUCAGUGGAAGAAUCAUCUAAACAAGUGGGAAAGAGCAAAAGGAUAAAGAAGGACAACAAGAAGAGAAUGGAACAUUAAUUUAUUGUUAAAAACUAAAAAGAAUUACUUUGCGCAUUUUUAUAGAAAUGAAAUGGGGACAUUAUUGCCUUAUCCACAACACACAUUUUGUAUUCAAAAGAAAAUUCAGUAAACCUAU